CGUUGCACCCCCUCCCUGUCUGCCUACUCAAGCAUCUGCCCAACCCAAAGUCUUACAGUUACAAGUAAAAUGGGUCGUGGUCUCCCAGCGCAGAAAGAGACAGCCGUGCUCUUUUUUUCCUGACCCUAUUCACGCUCCUUUCCAGAUACAAAGCAAAAAAACGAACAAGAAUAUUUCCGUGGGAAUAAGUAUUCAUGGCUAACCAACGCCCAGGCCUUCUCGACAUCGGCCCGCCUCGGCGUUCGACCCGUCGUCGUUGGAGCUAUUUAGCCGCCUUCAUUGGUAUAAUGUUCAUCUUGUCGCUGCUCAUCCACCCAACUACCAACAGCUAUGCCAAGUCGGCAUACGAUACUGUGAAGGGCAAGGUCACUGGCGGUAUUAGCAGUAGCAGCGGCACUCACUCGUCCGACUCGGCCGCUAGCAAGACAAACACACGACCUGACACGUCCAAACCGACCCGGCAUCCCAUCAACGACGGCUCCGACACCAUUCCCAACAUUGCGCACUUUGUCUACGGCCUCAAGGACCCAAAUGCGGAUCUUCACUUCAACUUCUUCCACUAUCUGAGCGCAUACUCGGCCUGGUAUCAUGCCAAGGUGCACACUCUGUACCUGCACACCAACGCGGGCGAGGAGGCCCUGAGGCGUGCAAGGUCUGGCGAGAUGGGCAAGUGGACCAAGGCCAUUUUUGACCUUCCGGGCUUCAAGGUCAACUAUGUCGAGGCCCCGACGCAUGCCAAUAAUGGAGUAAAGAUUGCGUUCAUGGCAGGAGUGUCUGAUUUUAUGAGGGUUGAUGGUAUGCUUGACAUCGGGGGCUUUUAUAUCGACUUUGAUGUUUUCGUGCUCCGAGACCUUUCUCCACUCCGAAAAUCCGGCUUCCGCGCAAUCGCAGGUCGGCAGAUGGGACCAAACUACAACUCGGGCACGUUCAUGGCAGCCCCUAACAGCCUUUUCAUCAAGAACUGGCAGCACCUGAUGCAAACCAAAUACGACGGAACCUGGGAGCGACACUCAACCAUCGGGAUGCGAGAGGUGGCGACGGCGCUGGUGCCCAUACCGGGGGAGAUGCUCGUGCUGGAUCAGGACGCCUUUGCACCGCUCGGUUGGGACGAGAACCAGAGCGUCGAGAUUUUUGCGCCACACAACGGGACCGAGCCGCUGCUGAAGACGCUCGGGUGGAAGCCUGGGAUGGAUGGAGAAGUUGGAGAUGGACCCCUGGCCCUGGACCUGCCAGUGUUUGUCGAGGGCGAUGAAAGCGACAGGCCCUUUUGGGCGAGGGAUUGGUCGGCCAGUUACCUGCUGCAUGCAUUCCAGAUCGAGAGGAGUAGCGGCUGGCACGUGGACGGUUUUGAUCACUUGACUCCAAAGUAUGCUCUCGACAGGCAAAGUAAUGCUGCCAGGGCAGUGUAUCCCAUCGUCAGGGAUAUGUACUACCGGGGGUUGGUCAAGAUCACCGACAGGCAUGACGAGCCAUAAAUAGAUUAGAUAGAAAAUGGCUUUAGAGGCAAAAGAAUUGCCAAUACAAACUGUAUGAUAUUAGACGUGAAAGCAUAGAGCUUACAUUAGGAAUCCUAUGACAGCGAGUCCCUUGAGUUGGCGUCUCGUUGUGGCGGUGUUGAUCCGUUCAAUGACUUGGGAGUUGAGAAUGACGGGAUGGGAUGCUACGAUCUACGUUGCUGUGCAGAUGUCGUUUCAAAGUGG